GAUCUGGAAAGGAAUAAUCCUCUCUCUCUCUCUCUCUCACCCUCUGGUAAAGUUGCAAUAGCUGGAACUGCAAUCAUGUCUCCGAAUUCGAUUUCCUCAUGUUCGUUUCGAUUGGUCACAACCAGAAUCCCACUCUCCUUCUACGACAAAAACCCACUCUCCAAAAACUCAACUUUCUUCGUAACACCCACCAAAUUCUUCAAGCCUAUCUCCUUCGAGAGAGUUCCAACGAAACAAUCAGCAUCAUCAUCAUCAUCAUCACCAUCGACCACUUCUCUGCAACCCAUCGAAGAGCUCCCUCCGAAGCUUCAAGAAAUCGUGAAGCUCUUUCAGUCCGUUGAGGAACCAAAAGCCAAGUACGAGCAGCUUCUCUUCUAUGGCAAGAACCUCAAACCCCUCGAUUCCCAAUUCAAGAGCAAAGACAACAAGGUCGAAGGUUGCGUUUCCCAGGUUUGGGUCCGAGCCUACCUCGACCCUCACAACAAUGUCAUCUACGAAGCUGACUCUGAUUCUAUGCUCACUAAGGGCCUCGCCGCUUUGCUCGUUCACGGCUUUUCGGGUCGACCCGUCCAUGAAGUUCUUCGGGUCUCGCCCGAUUUCGUUGUGCUUCUCGGGUUGCAGCAGAGUUUAACCCCUUCCAGGAAUAAUGGGUUCUUGAAUAUGCUCAAAUUGAUGCAGAAAAAGGCUCUUAUGCUCUAUGUGGAAGCGGAAAAGGGUGCUGAAUUGAGCUCGGCUUCAAGUUCUGAGUUCAAAGGUGAUAAAUUUGUUGAGAAUUCAAGUGGUGGAAACAGUUCACCAUCACCAUCACCAUCACCAUCACCCAGUUCAGAUGUUAGUUUGAGUUCUGAGGUUGAUGUUAAGCAUACAGAAUUGGGAGGAAGAGGGAAGAGGAUCAAGGAGAAGCUAGAAAAGGAGCUUAAUCCUGUUCAAUUGCAAGUUGAAGAUGUUUCUUAUCAACAUGCAGGGCAUGCUGGUGCUAGAGGGAGUGAUGGUGAGACACAUUUCAACCUUAAAGUGGUGUCUGAAGAGUUUGAAGGGAAGAGUUUGGUCAAGAGGCAUAGGCUCAUCUAUAACCUUCUGCAAGAGGAGUUGCAGUCUGGAUUGCAUGCCUUGUCAAUUGUGGCUAAGACACCAUCUGAAGUCAGUGAAGGAUGAAAAAUUAAUUACACCAUUUGAUAGGUUGAAAUUCUCUCCUUUGUUCCUAUUGUGUUUAUGGCUGUAUUCAUUUUGCUUGGUGAACCAGAAGGGUACUUGUAUUUGUUAGAAUACUUGUUUUGUUUUGAACAUAGUAGAUUAUGUCAUUAUACUGAUGAAUAAUUUAUUUGCUGAUGUAUAAAUCUAGACUUCUUUUCAUUCCAAUACUCUAUCAAUUUUGUCAUUAAAAGGCAGAAGGAUGAUGGCGUGGCUUCUGAGCUCAAUUUGAGUGAAUGCUUUAUUGUUUUGGUCAUUUGACUUUCUGAGUCAAGGUUAAUUAU